AUGUCCAUAUUUCUAUCCCUAAUCCUCACGCACGUCAAAGCCGGUUCUGAUAAUGAUUCCGUCCUGCUGGAACAGCUCAGGACCAAGAUCGGUGCUCUUGAGGCUCAUAUCGAGGAGAAAACUCAAGAAGUGAAAGACAAGGAUGAGUUGAUUUCUGCGAAGGAGAAGACAAUUAAAGAAAAAUCAGACAGCAUUGUGUCAUUGCAAAGUGAAAUCACAUCUCUACAAGGAAGAUCAAAUGCUGAGGAACAAGUGGGAAGGGCACAUUCACAGGCUGGUGAAUUAGAAAAGCAAGUGGAGAAACUCAAAAUAGAAAUUGAAAGAAAAAACAAGGAGAAGGAAGUGUUGGAAGCCCAAGCAAUUGAUGCCAAAAGGAAGGCAUUUGAAUUGAAUUCUAAAGUUGAGAAUCUUCAAAAGGUUAUCGAUGAACAGAAGACCAAGUUGCGUAAAACUGAACGGGCUUUAAAAAUUGCUGAGGAGGAAUUGAUGAAGACAAAGUUUGAAACAAUGUCCAAAACUAAGGAGUUGAUGGAGGCUCAUGGCACAUGGCUUCCACCUUGGCUUGCUGUUCGUUUGAUUCAUUACCAGUCACUUCUGGAGAAGAACUGGAAAGUGCAUGUAAAGCCUGCUCUGGAUAUGGCACUGCAGAAGGGCGCCAAGAAGAAGGCCCAAGUUGAAGAGUGGGCUGCACCGCAUGCUGAAACGUUGAAAACAAGAUGGAUCCCGGUCAUAAAAGAGCAGUGGGUAGUUAUAACCACCAAGGCUGAACCACACGUGAAAAUGCUAAAGACAAAAACUCUUGAGAUAUAUGAGGUUUCAAAGAACAGCAUAGCUCCACAUAUCGUCAAAGUUCAGGAACUUGCUGAUCCUUAUUUUCAGGAAUUAGUGAAAGUCAGCAGACCAUAUAUUGAUCAAGUUGCCACUGCAACUAGACCUCACGUUGAUAAAAUACAUACUGCUUUAAAGCCAUAUAUGCAGGAGGUAGUUCGUACUUCUGGAAAAUUCUUAGAAUCGGCAACUACAUACCAUCAUAAGGUUCAGGAUACCGUCCAAGAAAAACUGAAGAGUCACGAACUUACAAGACCUCUUGCAACAAGAGAGCUGGUUUGGUUUGUUGCUUCUGCUGUACUGGCUUUGCCCAUCACAAUUCUGUUCAAAGUAUGCUCAGCCUUUUUCUGUAAAAAGGUGAUCAGGCCUGUACAUGGUAACUCUAAUCAUUCACGUCGGAAGGCCAAACGGGGACACCCAGACAAGUGA